CUAAAGAUGAAACACUUGCAAUUGUCUUUCUUGUUUUCAUCAUGGCUCAGUACUCUUAUGUUGCUGUGGAUGUUGUUGUUGGUUCAUCUUGUCCUACAACAACCAAAUGGUUGUUUUGCUUGUGUAGAGCAAGAGAGGAUUGCUCUUCUUGAUAUCAAAUCAGCAUUUACUGAUCCACUCUCCUUCUUCAUGUCAUGGAAUAAGAGUUUUGAUUGUUGUAGUUGGUAUGGAGUGCAUUGCUCACCCACCACAAAGCAUGUUAGGCACCUAAACCUUGCUUCUGCAUGGGGAAAUGAUAAUAGCAACACUCUGAAUGUCUCCUUGUUUCUUCCUUUCUGGGAACUGCAACACCUUACUCUAACAUUGAACGGAUUCAAUAGCUGCAUCCCCAGUGAUUGUUUUGGCAGACUGGAAAAAUUAAAUAAUCUUGAGUACUUGGAUCUCUCUAAGAAUUAUUUUGAUUCUAAAGCUCUGUCUUCUUUAGCUGCAUUAGCCUCACUCAAGGCGCUUUCACUGCGUGGCUUGACAACUGAAUUCUUUAUCAAUAGUCCUCUCAAUGCUCACAAACAGAGUCAGCUGGAAAGUGAACUCUUUAUCAAUGUAUCCGAAGCUUCAUCCAAAUUGAGCAAGCUCAAAUACUUGCAUCCAUCUGACAACUUGUUGAAUGGAAGCAUUAUUCCAUAUUUGGGUCAAUAUUCUUUAGAUGUUUUUAACAUCCUGUUCAAUGCGGUUUAUAGAAACCCAGCUUUAUAAAAAAGUAUUUUUUUACUUCCCACCGAUUUAGAUAUGACAAAAUUGUUGAUCAUCCCUUCAUUUUGCAAAAGUAUCUUUUUCUACGCGGUUGAUUUGCUAAUCUUAUUGUUCUCUAUGAUUCUCAAGUAUUAGGAGCUUUGUCCAAAUUGAGCCAGCUCAAAUACUUGGAUUUGUCUGAAAAUUGGAUGAAUAGAAGCAUUAUUCCAUAUCUGAGUCAAAUACCAUCUCUCAAGACUUUGGAUCUUAGUGGGAACAACAUUGGUGAAGGUUUUGAUUUGAAUGGUAUAUAUACUACCCUUACCUUAUAUCUAU